AUGUUCCCCAACCAGCCACCUCAGCCCCCAAGAAACGGCCAAGACCAAGCUCAGCAUCCCGGACAACCCGUCUUCCAAGUCAUAGUAACACCAACAGGGCAGCGUGUGUUAGUACCUUACCCUCUCCCCGAUCAAGUAUGUAUACCGCAGGGACCAGUACCAGGACCUGCACCAGCAGCGACACAAGCCCAGCCGUGGUGGAUGCCCGCGCCACCCAUGCCUGUUCAGAGUGACGACGGCGCACCUACUCAAGAGCCGCCUGGACAGCCGUCCCAGCCACAGUCACUUCUACUGGCACCAUUGCCCAACCCUACGCAAGAUCCGAAUAAUCCUGCGACCCUGCCAAGUGACUACUUCACCUAUCGCGACGCGGGAUGGAGUGAUGAGGCGUUGGCGAAGCUGCUGAGGACGCAUAGGGAAGCACGGAGAAAGAAGUAA